AUGGAUAACAAAGUUUCAGAAAAGAAGGAUCCCUCACAACAAACAGAGGAGGAUUCUGAAGGAAAAAUGGCACACGUUCAGCCUGCUUCAUAUGUGAAUAAAAAAAAUUAUAUUUUUGGGAAGACGUUGGGUGCUGGUACGUUUGGUGUGGUGAGACAAGCCAAAAAUACUGAAACGGGAGAGGAUGUGGCCGUGAAAAUUUUGAUUAAGAAAGCAUUAAAGGGAAACAAGAUUCAGCUAGAAGCGUUAUACGACGAAUUAGAUAUUUUACAAGGACUACAUCAUCCAAACAUAGUGGCAUUUAAGGAUUGGUUUGAAUCAAAAGACAAAUUCUACAUCAUCACGCAAUUGGCCAAAGGUGGUGAAUUGUUUGAUAGAAUUUUGAAAAAGGGUAAGUUCACUGAGGUGGAUGCUGUGAGAAUUUUGAUUGAGAUUCUGAGCGCUGUUAAAUAUAUGCAUUCUCAGAAUAUUGUUCAUAGAGAUUUGAAACCGGAGAAUUUACUGUAUAUAGAUAGGAGUGACGAAUCUCCACUGGUAGUUGCUGAUUUCGGUAUCGCAAAGAGAUUGAAAAGCGAUGAAGAACUCAUCUACAAACCAGCAGGUUCGCUGGGCUACGUAGCUCCAGAGGUACUUACUCAGGAUGGCCAUGGUAAACCAUGUGAUAUUUGGUCGAUAGGUGUCAUUACGUAUACUUUGCUUUGCGGUUAUUCGGCAUUUAGAGCUGAAAGGGUUCAGGAUUUCCUUGACGAAUGCACAACCGGGGAGUAUCCAGUGAAAUUCCAUAGGCCUUAUUGGGAUUCCGUUUCUGAUAAAGCAAAGCAAUUCAUUUUGAAGGCCCUCAAUCUGGAUCCUUCAAAGAGACCAACUGCCGCACAACUAUUAGAUGAUCCGUGGAUAAUUUGUACCGAAUUGAAGACACAUGAUUUAUUGCCUGGGUUAAAGGAGGGAUUGGAUGCACGUCAAAAAUUCCGUAAUUCUGUUGAAAGAGUCAGACUAAACAUGAAGAUCCAGAAAUUAAGAGAUCUGUAUCUUGAACAGACGGAAAGUGAUUCAGAUUUUGACGAAGGGAGUCAAUCAAACGGUUCAGCUCCUUCGUUGAAAUCAAUGGAUACCAGUCAACUAUCAAAGAAGCUAUCAGAGGAAGAACAGUCCAAAUUGAAAUCCGAGUUAACUAGCAAAGCUUUUGCACAAUUAGUUAACACAGUGCUUGCAGAAAAGGAAAAAUUUCUAAAUAUCAACAGGGUCUGUAGUUCUGAUAGUGAUAUCGCUGGCAGUGAUAGAAAACCUUUGGAUGAAGCGGAGGCGACACCAAGUGGAAAGGAUACCAAAACAGGAUAA